CUGAGGCUGCGCGCGCGCCGGGCGCCAUCUUUGAGCCGGGCACCGGAGACACGGCGGCGGCGGCGGCCCCGGCGGAGCGCGGCGACAGCGACACGGCGGCCCCCGGGGGCUCGGGUGGUGGAUGUAGAAAUGUUGCAAUUUUUAGGUGUGGAAAAUACCUGAGGAAAAGGAAAUUCCACCUUCCAGCCUGGGAAUUCCUCCUGCUCUGGGUUGGAAUUCCUGAUUUUCUCACCCCUCACUCCCAGGAUUUCAGUGUUGGCUUCAGCAAAGCGAAGAAUUCAGGCUUGAAAUUUGAUUUUUAACUCCCAAGAGCACUGGGGAAAACGCCUGGGAAAACGUGCAACUUCCACCAGAAGGAGCUCCAGGAGUUUUUAGGAGUAGAAUCCCUGGAAAAAAAAUCAGAUUUUGAAGCUCCAAAAGUGAAUUUAACCCCGUGGAGAUGGAAGAACAGGAGGGAACCCUGCACUUAAAUCCUGUUUUAUUCCCUUUGUCAAGCAGCCAAAAAAAAGAAAAACAAAAAUUAACAUAAGAACCCAACUUUUCCUCUCUUUAUUUUAGAUUUGGGAAAAUUCCCUGACCAAAAAAAAUAAUAUCCUGGGAAAAUUCACUAGUGUUUGUGUGAGUAAAAGGUUCCAACUGUUUCUCCUUAUGCUGUAAAAACCAAUUUCUUUGGGUUUUGUCCUCCCCAAGGAGUCAGAAAUCCUUUGCACAGAAAUGUCAGCGUGCUAAAAUCCAUUUUUAAUUUGGAUUUCAGCUGGUUUGGUUGCGAGGUUGUGUGGAAAAGAACCCUAAAAAUCAGAUUUUUAGAAGAAUAUCCGAAAUUCAAGUGUGAUUCACGUGGAUAAAAACCAAAAUCAAUUAAUUUUUGGUGGCCCCAAAACCCCCAAUCAGCUGCUGGAUCGGAGCUAACGAUGGAUGGAUGAUGAGGGAGCAGCACAAAAUUGGGAUGUUUCCUAAAAACCCAAUUAAUUCCUGCCCAAAUUCCCAGCCAGUUCCUGCUUUGCCUUCCUGAGGGGUGGAUGAGUUUGUCCCUGAGCUGUCCCCAAAUCCCCUCACCCCAAAAAUCUCAUUUUCCCCCCACUGAGAGCUCGAUGUGCCAAAAUUCCUGAUUUUUUUGCUGCUUUUCUCCUUGUGCUGCUGUCCCUGCCUCUCUUGGGGUGUGCAUGAACACCUUGGGUUUAUACACACAAACCUGGGGGGUUUUUUCUUGCUGUACAGGUCAUAAAGCCCGGGGAAGGUUUUUGUCUUUUCUUAAUAGGUGAAGAAAUCUCAGAAGACCCGAAAUUGCAACUUACUGAAUUAAAUAAUUAACAAAAAAAUUUAAAAAAAAAAAAAUUAGCAAUUUCCCCAGCUGUGGAAGAUGGAGCCUCAUUUUUGCAGCCACUUUGAAUCCUGAGUUCAUCUUUAAAAAAAAAAAAAAAAGGCGCUGGGGCUUUUUUUUUUUUAAUUUUUUGUUGGUUUUUUUAUGUUUUUUCUUUUUUUUUAUUGGAAGAGCUAAAAUAUCCCUGGCUGUCUCCAGUGUGCCAGGUUUGCAAUGGACUCAAUUCCUCCAUUAGUUGUCAGAUUGUUCUGAGAGCACCUCAGAGUUUGGAAUUGUUGGCUGAGAGGUUCCCUUUGAAUUGUCAGGAGGAAAAAAAAAACAAAACAAAAAAAAAAAAAAAAAGGCAAAAUUCAAAAAUUGUUUCUGCCCCUUUGUUAUUCAUUCACGGACUCCUUCGGCCUACAGGAGAGGGAACUGCAUGGCUGGGAAGAUCAAAGCCUGUGCUCACCGUGGCCAGGGUUACUUUUAAAAAGCAGCUGUGAGAGCUGAGGCAGGAGAAGCCUUGAGAAGCCAAUUGCUGCCCAGGCUGGAGGAGCAGAGCCUGAGCAGGAGCGAGGAGCCAGCCCUCAGCAUGUCCAGCCAGGGGGACGACUGCUACUUCUACUUCUACUCCACCUGCAACAAGGGAGAUUCCUGUUCCUUCCGGCACUGCGAGGCCGCCCUGGGCAGCGAGACCGUGUGCACGCUGUGGCAGGAGGGCCGCUGCUUCAGGAAUGUCUGCAGGUUCAGGCACAUGGAAAUCGAUAAAAAACGGAGUGAGAUCGCCUGCUACUGGGAGAACCAGCCUGGGGGCUGCCAGAAGCACAACUGUGCAUUCCACCACACCAAGGGCAGAUACGUGGAUGGGCUCUUCCUUCCCCCCAGCAAAACCACUCUCCCAAGCCCCCCCGAGGCUGCAGAGGACGAGGUGAAGAUGGUGCAGCUGCAGCAGAACAAACUCUCCGUUCAGUCCAACCCCUCCCCUCAGCUCAGGGGGGUGAUGAAGGUGGAAAACUCUGAGAAUGUGCCCAGUCCCACCCAUCCCCCAGUGGUCAUCAAUGCUGCAGAUGAUGAUGAAGAUGAUGAUGACCAGCUUUCUGAAGAAGGAGAAGAAACCAAAACCCCAGUCCAGCCCCCACCCACAGAAACCCACAAUGGCCUGAGGGUGAUUUCCACCAGGAAAUCCAAUCCCAGUGCAAAGCAAGAUGACAACUUAAAUUUUGGAAUAAAAACCUUGGAAGAGAUCAAACUGAAGAAACUCAAGGAAAAAGCCAAAAAACAAGGUGAAGGUCCUUCAGGAGUGGCUGUGGAUCCUCUCCAAGCCCGGAGCAUUCCUGUGCCAGAGAAGGAAAAUGUCAGGACAGUGCUGAGAACUGUGACCCUUUCCUCCAAGGAAGGGGAGGACCCUGUGAUCCAACUGAAUCUUCCUGACAGACUGGGGAAAAGGAAAACCAUCAUGGGUGGAAAAACUUUCCUUCCCCUGAGGAGGAACGUUGCUGACAGGCUGGGGAGGAAGGCAGAGCUGCAGGAAAACUCUGAAAAGGCCCCAAAAAGAGGCACAGUUCAAGUCCUGAAGUCCCUGAAGGAGAGGCUGGGGCUGCCCUCUGAGCAGAGCAGCACUGAGACAGACAAAGCUGCCAAACCCAUCGAGGAGAUCCGGGUGAAAACCCUGGAGGAAAUCCGCCUGGAGAGAGCCAACCAGAGGAGAGGAGAACCCCCAGCCAAAAUGCCAGGAGAAGGAAGGAAAAGUGAAGAUCCAAAUUCAGGAGCAAAACCUUCCCCUGCUGCCCGCAGCAAAUCCCUGACUGGAGCCCUGGUGGAAAAAAACCACAAGAGGCUGGGAGAGGAGAAGGAAAAACCCGAGGAAUUCAGCAGCAGGGCCAAAAGUGAGGCAGAUCCCAGGAAACAGAACAUUCCUGCUCCAGCUGGGGCAGGCAGGGUGCAGCUGGCAGAGGCUGGAAGAGCCAAAGGAGCUGGAGAAGUUCGGAUCAAAACCCUGGAGGAGAUCAAGAGGGAGAAGGCGCUGAGGCUGCAGCAGAGCGGGGAGAACCUUCCUGCUGCUGCUGCCCCGCCUGAGGCUGCCCUGAGGGGCAGGAAACUGCUCAGGGUCACCAAGCUGCUGGCACCUGGAAGAGAAGAAAAAAUGAUCGUGGAGCUGAACAAACCUUCCCCCAAAAAUGGCUCUGCCCCUGCUGAGAAUUCAGGGAAUUCUGGAAUUCAGGUGAAGAGCCUGGAGGAAAUCAUGUGGGAGAAACGGCAGCAGAAACAACGGCAGGAGGAGAAACUGCAGCAGGGAGCUGGGGCAAUUCCAGCUGAAAACCAGGAAAAAAUCCAGGAUAAAAACCAGGAAAAAACGCCAGGAUCAGGGAGCCCCGAGGCUGCUGUGGGGCCAGCCCAGCUGGGCAGGAGGAGAGGGGGAAAACCCGCCGAGGAUGGAGUGGGAACCCCAGAGAAGGAGCCGGGGAAAAAGGGAGCUCAGCUGCCCGAGAGGAGAGGCAGAGCCAAAUCCAAGGUGUGCCUGAAGCCCCUGGAUGCCAAAGCCCCUCCCAAGCAGCCCCUGAAGAGGAAGGGCCCCGAGGGCGACGCCCCUGCUGUGGUGGCAGUGAAGCCACUCAGUGCCACCAGCGGGGACACCCAGGAGCCCCCAGCCAAGGUUGUUCCCCCUUCUCCAGAGGACAGCCCGGGCUCCAACCCUCGGAGGGAGAAUUCCCAGGGCAGCCCCGAGCUGCAGCCUGGCAGCCAGGGCCAUUCCCUGGCACACUCGGAGGGGUCUGGAUCUUCCUCCUCCUCCUCCUCCUCCUCCCUGGAGGCUCCCCUGAAGCUGCGGCGCCUGAGCUCGGCCGGCGCCAAGGCCGCGCUCUCGGUGGAGGACGACUUCGAGAAGCUCAUCUGGGAGAUCUCUGGGGGAAAACUGGAGGCAGAAAUCGACCUGGAUCCAGGGAAGGACGAGGAUGAUCUCCUGCUGGAACUGUCAGAGAUGAUUGACAGCUGAGAGGGGAGGUUUUGGAAAAAAAAAAAAACAACAAAAACGCCCAGGAAAAAAAGACGCGACACCAAAAAAAAACAAAAAACCCUGAAAAAGCAAAAUUUCCUCCUCACAUCCCACAGAAAUCCUGUAAAUGUCGUUGGAUCCGUGGAGGAGAUCCUUGGCCAGCUGCAAGCACAGCUGGCUUGUUAGGAUUAGGCAGAGUCUGCUCUCAGUUAUCCCAAAAUCCCGGCGCUCCUCCCCCCGGCACAGGAGCGAGCGCUUGGAGCGCCCCGAGGGGCCCGGAUCCCAUCUCCAGAGCUCCCUCCUGGACUGAGAAUCCCAAAAAAGCCUGGAGUUACUGUGUCAACUCUGGAAGCCACGGAUGGACUCGAGUUUGGGGGGAAUUCGGGGAAAAGAGGGGAAAUCUGAGGCAGGAUUUUGGACCAAAGCCUGCCAGGGUGAGCCUGGCUCGGGCUGAUCUGGGGGAUUGGUUUUUUUUCCUGGGAUCCUGCCACGGGGGAAAGCAAAAUUCCUCCUGGAAUUGGGGGGAAGGGAGCAUUGCUUCAAGUGCCUCUGCGUUCUGAGGAGUUCUCCCUGCAGGAUUUCUCCCACAUCCAGCUGGGAAGGGGGUAAAAAAAAAAAACAACACCUGGAAUGUUCCCCCUUGGCUGCUUCCCUCCUUUCCAGCCCCUUGGAGAUGGGAUUGCCUGGAAUCCCCCUGGGGUUUGUUUUUUCAUUUUGUUUUGGGAUUGUUUUUUGGGUUUUUUUUUUCUGUAAAUAUUUUAUUCUUCCAUUUUAUAUUUGUAUGAUUCUAUUUAAGGGAUUAAAGGUAGGCUGCUCA